AUGGUCAACGGAGCAGUACGAGAAUGGCAAAUGCUGGAGGGGAAACGAAUCAGAGAAUAUGUUGUCGCUAGAGUGAUCAGGCUGACACGCCUAGCGACCAAGUACCAGCGCGGAACAUCAACUAUCCCGGCGUUUGUCGAAGCGUCAUGUUUACUACAACAAGAGGUGGACUACUACCUGACCCAGGAUUAUGCCGAGCGAGCAACGGGAGUUAGGAAGGUCGAACUCGGACGUAGAUAUCUCUCAAGGAUAGUUGGAUAUAAGGGGCCUACUAUUUCUCGGAACGAACACCUCGGUGGACUGAGUGACGCAGACGACGCUCCUAAACACGAAACCAUGGAACAAUUUCUCCACACUUCAGUUCUAUUUACAAAGAACAGGAUAGCUUCCGCCUACAUCAGCACAGCGUAUUGGCCAGACGACAUUUACUCAACGGUGCGACGCUCACAGGAAAAUGUGCGGGAUGCAACCCUUCGGUUUACCAAUAAAUACGGUAAACAAGAGGAGCAUUUGGAGAGGGAGGUAUAUGCAAAACUGAGACGCCACUGGGAACCAGACGUACAAUUACGGAUGGAGACCAAGAGGACCAACUCAGAAUACGGAAGAAGCGGCACUGAAGAAGCGGCACAGCGAACAUCUCCAAGCUGUACAUAG